GACAGUCAAAUCCUAGUGAAGACACUACAGGGAGAAGCAUCCUUCGGCUCAGCCCUUCUGCGAUAAGAGGCGCCGGGCGAGAGAUGCUCCCAUGGGCGGCCACGGCCUCCUCCUCCUCCUCCGCCGCCGCCGCUCUUCUCCAUGCCUCUCCACUCCCCGCCUCCCACCGCGCUGCACUACCUCGCUACCGUCCGUCUCCCUUUCUUCCACCGCCGCUCUCAAUUGGCUUCCGUUCCCCGGCACGCGCCCUCCCUCGCGGCGGCGACGCCUUCUGGGAGGAACCAGACGACGGCUCCGGGAGCGACUACGAGGAUGAGGGAAAGCAAGCGACCGGACAAAGAAGCUCUCCUUUCCCUUCCCCCUUCCCGCUCUCCAGGCUCGUUGCAACGCGGCAGCAGGAGCGUCAAGAGCAGGAGCUCCGGAGAGAAAUCGAGCUUCUCUUAACGCCAGAAGAAGAGGCUAUCUUGGAUCAGAAUGAGACUGCUGAUGUCACCAAAAUUUCAUCACCAAAAUGGCAUCCGCUUCAUACAUACGCAUUGGCGCUGCAGAUACCUCUGAUGGACAAGCUGCUCGACAAUGGUGUUGAUAUCGAUUUAGUUGAUAAAGAUGGUUUCACUCCUCUUCACAAGGCGAUAAUAGGCAAAAAGGAGGCUGUCAUUAGCCAUCUCCUAAGAAAAGGAGCAAAUCCUCAUGUCACAGAUAGGGUAACCGGCAAUAUCCUUUUUAUGAUUUAUAUUUCUCUAGUCCCAUAAUAAAGUGGAAGAUACUAACUGAACUUGGAUAGUGGCAUUUACACUUGUCAGAUGGAUUUGGUUCCUCACUAGCAACAAUGCAGUUCGCAUCUUGAAGUUUAAGACUACUAGUAGAGUGCCCGUGCGUUGCUACGGGCUUAAGAAAAAAUUACCAUCUUGUAAUCUUCAAAAUUAUGUUGAACAUAUUAUAACCUAAUAAAAGGGAGGAUGAAAAUACCAUAUUGCAAUGUUCAAUAUCUU